UCUUCUCUCGACAAAACGGCUUUCCGCAGGGACAACAACACACAAUAGGGCAUCCCGCGGGGCCCGCAGGUGUGUCACAACAGACCAAUGGUGAAGUGUCACCAGCUACUCAGGAUUGCGAAGGAAUUCAGCGGCGGUGCGUCACGAAUUUAUCACCGUUUCUUUCCGCACGACAUCACGACGCGGCUCGGAGUCAGCAGUUUAAGGGAGGACAGCGAUUCUAAAGACAAGCUGAACAACAACACCGUGAUAUAUCUGCGUUGUGAACUCAUCAUAACCUUUCUACUGAAAAGAAGCAGACAGGUAAACAAUGGGUGAUAAAGAGGUCCUAAUAGGUAGGAAGCCCUCUUUAUCGAGGCGACCCUCUCAACAGAGGUUGAAGAAGAGACGACCCAGCGUCUCCACCAUAUCGGAGACCGGUUCUCUGAUUGUUGAAGGCACGGCGAGACUUCCCCCACUCGCCGACAGACAGCACCGACCAGUCAUGGACAAGCUGUCCAGACAGGUCUCCAUCAUGAAGGCCUCGGGCGCGGGGUCCAAACGCGGGUCCGGGAGGAAAGUCUCCAUUCUGGACCCCAAGAGCCUGUCGGAAGGCCCGGUUGAAGGUAUCAGAAACCCGGCGUUGGACGAGAGUGAUGAGACCACAGAACAGCCUGAAGAUCAGGUAGAGACGGAAACGGAAACACCUCCAGCUGAGGAGGCAACUCAGGAGUCAGAGACAGCAGAGCAAAAUGGAACAGGGAGUAACACGGACCAGGACGGCGGAACUGAGGGGGCAGAAAACAACAAGGAUGGGGACAAACAGGAAGAACCCAAAGAGGAAGGACAGCAGGAAGAAGCACAGGAGGACAAGUCUAAAUCUUCCGACAAGAAAAAGUCUAAGAAAGAGAGCAAGAAAGAAUCAAAGAAGGAGAAGAAAGAGAGUAGGUUAAAGUCGUUUAAGAAAUCUUUCCUGCGGAAGAGCUCGAAGAAGAAGAAGGAUGACGAAGACGCCGACAAAGCAGAAGCUGACAUUCCCCUUGUAGAUAUAGACGCAGCAGAAGCUCAGCAGCAGAUUCAGAGGAAGAAGGGCAAGCGGCCGUUCGUCAUCAGGAGGGGAGGGGACGACGACGAGAUGAAGCAGGUCAUCCCGUACAUGUCCCUGCCGCUCGCCAUCAUCUGCUGUCUCCUCAACAUCUUCCUACCCGGGUUCGGCACGUUGCUAUCCGGGUUCUCCCUGCUGUGUAAGUGGGGAGUGCGGGACCCGAACGCCGGGCCGAACCAGAAGGACGAGGACCUGGGCCACGCGCUGUACCUGAACGUGGUGGUGGCGCUGUCCCAGAUGAUCACCAUCACCUUCAUGCUGGUCGGAUACUUCUGGAGCGUGGCCUGGGGAGCCCAGAUGGUCAGGAUGGCCAUUGAACUGCGCCGCUGGAAGAAAGGCCAGCCCCAGUUCAAGGGUCAGGUGAUGCCCGAGGACGAUGAGGAAAGUGCGCCGAAGACUCAGUCCAGCACCAAGGCCAGGCAGAGUUCACAGGGCGCGCCGCCGCCAUUCCCUGACGCCGCGGGACAACACGGGUGCCCCUAGUUCAUGGAACCCUCUUCCCGCUUGAUGUCGAGCGCCGAGCGACCAGAAUUGGAUUUGACUUCACAACUGGAAUAUGGUACACGAUCCAAAAGACAAGAAAUGUACAAGAAAUCGUGCCUUAUCUAUGAAAUCCGU